GGAGGCUUUAAAAAGUGGAAAAUAUGCUUCCGCUGAAAAUGACGCCUAGCUUGGAAUGAUCUGAACGUCACGUCUCUCAAUCGCCAUAAACAAUUGUUCAAGAUCAUUAAACAAAGAAGCUUAAUCACAACUGGGACCCUGGAAUUUUGUGCUCGAACACUCUCCCUUCAGAAAUUUCUAGAUAUAAUCAAAGAAAACUAUUCAAAUAUCCAAUCCAUUUAUUAAACUAAACAAUUUCCAAUCUCGUGCGUUCAAGAUUCUGGGUUUUCUCGAGCUUUGACUAAAUAUCAGCAUCUGGGUUCCUCGACUCCAUAGCUUGUAUGAAAAGGGUUUAUGGGGUUUUGUGAUUUAUUGAAAAGGCAUAUUUUGCGUGUUUGAUUUGAGUUUGAGCUGGGGUUUGGAGUUCUUGUCUUCGUGUUUUCAAAGUUUCGAUUUUUAUGCUGGAAAUAAAUUGACUUUCUAAUUUGUGGGCCAAAACUAGAUUUUGAGAGAUUCUGUUUUGUUACUAUUUAUGGGUUUUGAGUUUUUGAGGUGGUGAUGGUGAUUUAUGGGUAGUAAAACCAUCAAAUUUAGUGCAGAGGAUAACAGAACAGGGAUGCCAAGUUUCAUUUCUCAGACUCCUGCUUCCAAUCCCAUGGGUACAGAGGCAAAUGCAACUCAAUCUUCACAAGUUCCAAAUUUUGGGGUCCUCGAGCAAUAUCUGGGGUUUCGGAUUGGAGAUCCUGCUAAUAAUGUCGGCCGAAGUCAAGUAUUUAACCAAAGUAUGAAUAGCCAAUCCGUUGGUCCCGAUCUCCAGUCCGGUUUAUUCAAUAAGACUUAUGCCUCAACCAACACAAAUUUUUCGGCAGCUCUACUGGGUUCUCAACCAGUGCAACUGCAAAAGGGACCACAGCCAAAUCUACUAUCUACUUCCAGUGGUCAACACGAAAACUGGGGAGAGUCGAACAUGGCAGAAUCUAGUUCCCGGACCGACACUUCAACUGAUUUGGACCCAGACGACAAAAGCCAGAAGAUUGAUAUGGGUCAAUCUGCUGGUGUCGCGGUUUCAGAUUCCAGUGAUAAAUCGAAAGAAAAAACCUCGGAUCAGAAGACGUUGCGAAGGCUUGCACAAAACCGAGAAGCUGCAAGGAAAAGCAGACUGAGGAAGAAAGCCUACGUUCAGCAGCUGGAAAACAGCAGGCUGAAGCUGACUCAACUCGAGCAGGAACUGCAACGAGCACGUCAGCAGGGCAUCUUCAUUUCGAACUCGGGAGAUCAGUCCCAUUCGGGGAGUGCCAACGGAGCAUUGGCUUUUGAUGUUGAGUAUGCACGGUGGACGGAGGAGCAGAACAAACUAGUUAACGAGCUGAGGACAGCGGUCAAUUCACACGCAAGUGACACGGAACUUCGUGUUAUCGUGGAUAGUGUGACGACACAUUUCAACGACGUUUUCAGGCUGAAGACGAAUGCAGCCAAGGCUGAUGUGUUCCACAUCUUGUCAGGAAUGUGGAAAACACCAGCGGAGAGGUGUUUCAUGUGGCUUGGUGGCUUCCGCCCCUCCGAGCUUCUCAAGCUUCUCGUGAACCAGCUGGAGCCACUCACGGAGCAGCAGUUGACGGGGAUCUACAAUCUUCGGGAGUCGUCUCACCAAGCGGAGGAUGCCCUCUCGCAGGGUAUGGAUGCAUUGCAGCAGUCACUAGCUGAGACGCUAGCCAAUGGCACUUCAGGGCCCGAGGGCUCGUCUGGAAACGUCGCGAAUUAUAUGGGCCAGAUGGCGAUGGCGAUGGGGAAGUUGGGAACUCUCGAGGGCUUCCUACGGCAGGCCGACAACCUACGGCAACAAACUCUGCAACAAAUGCACCGGGUACUGACAACCAGACAAUCGGCUAGGGCGCAGCUCUUGAUACACGACUACUUCUCGAGGCUCCGAGCUCUUAGCUCUCUUUGGCUAGCUAGGCCACGCGAAUGAGGUACCUCGAUACUCAUCCACCUAACUCCACUGCUCGUCCAGACACGCGAUAGUAAGAUGUAACAACUAUGCUCGUCUGAAGGUGGAUGCGGCUGCAGCCACCCUUGCCGGACUUUGCAGGCUCGUCUUUGUAAAAUAUGGUGUGAAAUUUCUGGUGUUUUAUGGUUGUUGUUGUCAAGUGGUAGAGAUAGCAAUAAUGUUGUUAUGGUUGGUUGUAUUUGUUAGUGUGAUGAUAUCAGAGGAUUAGCUACACUUCACUCCUACUCAUAGAUACUGAGAUACAUGUAAAGUCAGAUUCUACAUUACUGGAUUUAGGGUUCAAAUUCAUUUCCUUUUCAAUUUAGGUAAUGCCAAUCUAUUUUAUGAUUA